UAGUGGCUAAAUGGCAAGCAAAAAGCGAGAAAUCCAGUUACAGGCAGUCAUCAACAGUCAAAGCCUGUGGGAUGAGAUGUUGCAGAACAAAGGCCUGACAGUGAUUGAUGUUUACCAAGCCUGGUGUGGACCUUGCAAAGCAAUGCAAACUUUAUUCAGAAAAUUGAAAAAUGAGCUAAACGAGGAUGAAAUUCUGCAUUUUGUUGUAGCAGAAGCUGACAGCAUUGUGACUUUGCAGCCAUUUAGAGAUAAAUGUGAACCUGUUUUUCUCUUUAGUCUUAAUGGCAAAAUUGUUGCAAUGAUUAAGGGUGCAAAUGUACCACUUGUUAAUCAAAAAAUUAUCAACUUGAUCAAUGAGGAGAGGAAAAUUGCAGCAGGUGAAAUGGUUCGCCCUCAGUAUCAUGAAAUUGCACUUGUAGACUCAGAUUCGGAAGAUGCUGGGGAAGCACCCUAUGAACAUGUUGAGCAACUAUACAGUAUUGCUAUUAUCAAACCUGAUGCUGUGAUUACUAGAAAAGAUAUAGAAAUUAAAGAAAAAAUUAUCAAGGCAGGAUUUGUCAUAGAAGCAGAGGAUAAGAGAGUGCUCACUGAAGAACAAGUAAGGGACUUCUAUAGUCGAAUAGCAGACCAGCCUGAUUUUGAAGAUUUUGUCUCUUUUAUGACAAGUAGCCUAAGCCAUAUUCUAGUUGUAUCUCAAGGAAAUGAACAACAGCCUCCCCAGGAAGAAACUGAACCUAAUCCUGAGAUUGAACCUAGAGAAUCAUCUGAGGAUCAACAUGAGAUAGCCACAGUGAGGAAGACGAAACGGGACAGCUUACAAGAAUAUCUGGAAAGACAACGUAUAUCUCAGUUUUGUUAUGUUGAAGAGAAUAUAACGAAUGUUAAUAAGUUUAUUGAUAUCUUCUUCCCUAAUUUUAAAAAUAUGAAAAGCAUAAAAUUAGAAAGGAUACUGGCAUUACUUCGACCAGAUCUCUGUCACCAAAGGAAAGAGGAUGUUUUGGAUAUUAUUCAAGAUGAAGGCUUUAAAAUACUGAUGCAAAGACAAAUAGUAUUAUCCAAAGAAGAAGCACAAACACUGUGCAAGAAAUAUGAAAGUGAAGAUUUUUUUGAAAAUCUUAUAGGAAACAUGACCAGUGGUCCGUCUUUAGCCCUUGUUUUAUUAAGAGACAAUGGUUUACAACACUGGAAAGAGUUAAUUGGACCAAGCAAUGUUGAAGAAGCCAAAAAAUGUCUUCCAGAGAGUUUAUGUGCACAAUUUGCAAUGGCAAGUUUGCCUAUCAACCAGUUGUAUGGAAGUGAUUCAUUAGAAGCUGCUGAAAAGGAAAUCCAGUAUUUCUUUCCUCCUCAAAGCACUUUAGCACUGAUUAAACCUCAUGUGACACAUCAACAAAGAGAGGAGAUCUUGGAGCUCAUUAAAGAGGCUGGAUUUGAUAUAACAGAGAUAAAGGAAAUGCUGCUAACUGAAGAGCCAGUGGGGAUAAUUUAUUCAAAAAUAAAAGGAAAAGACUUUUAUAAAGAUAUAUUGGAAAUGUUAUCUGAGGGUCCGUCUCUGGUCAUGAUUCUGACCAAGUGGAAUGCUGUUUCAGAAUGGAGACGAUUGAUGGGUCCCACAGACCCAGAUGAAGCAAAACUACUGUCCCCAGACUCUAUUCGAGCCCGGUUUGGAAGAAGUGUUUUGAAAAAUGCUGUCCAUGGAUCAUCUAAUACCUACGAGGCAACGGAGACCAUUAGUAGAUUUUUUGAAGAGUUUGUUCCUGAGAAUCCUGAGGAAAACUAAAGUACAGUACCUCUUUAAUUAUUAUUUUCUUUUCUUUGCUUGUUACAGUGACUGGGCCUAGGACAAGGCUGUCCUGGAAAGACCAGAACUUUUCCCAUAUUUCUGAGUCAAAUUUUAUUUCCUGCCAGACACACAAUGCUACUCCAUAGCAGCCUUGAAGCCUCAAAGCCGAGUCUUGUAGAUGCCAGGGCCCUGGGAAACAGUGGGGCAAGUG